AUGAAUGCAGCAGACCAUGCAGUCGAGCGCGCCGAGGAGGAUGCGAUUCCGGUCUCCUCGCGCGCGAGUCUCGAUUCCUCCUUCACUUCCAGCAGCGAAGGAUCCCAGCCCCGGCUGCGAACAAUGUACUCGCGACGCACCGAGACCGACCUCGAACGCUAUCAGACCUCGUCGCAGGUCAUAGAUCGGAUCGAAACCCAACGCCUGCAGCAUGCGCACACCGUCGGAGAGAGUAUCAAGACGCAGACCCGAGCGUCUGCCCGCGGGCCUCUCCCCGCGUUUGGCGCCGGCAAGCCCUAUCCUCCGCAAUUGCCCAAUCGGGAAGACUAUGUGGUUGAGUUCGACGGGGAAGACGAUCCGCUGUACCCUCAGAACUGGAGCACGCGUCGAAAACUCUGCACCGGUGCCAUCCUCGCGUUCACGAGUAUCUGCUCGACCUUCGACUCGGCCGUCUUCUCCAGCUCGACCAAAAACGUCGCGCACGUGUUCGGCGUCGGCGUCGAGGUCGCCACGCUGUCGAGCUCGCUGUAUAUCCUAGGCUACGCCUUCGGGCCACUCGUCUGGGCGCCCUUCUCCGAACUGCAGGGCCGCCGGCUGCCCAUCCUCAUCGGGAUGCUGGGCUUCGGGAUCUUCAAUACAGCCGUGGCUGUCGCAAAGGACCUCCAGACUUUACUCAUCUGUCGAUUUUUCUCCGGCGUCUUCGGCAGCUGCCCGCUCGCCGUCGUGGCCGCCAUCUUCUCCGACAUCUUCGACAACCAGUCCCGCGGCACCGCCAUCGCCAUGUUCUCCAGUAUGGUCUUCCUCGGGCCGCUGCUCGCCCCCUUCAUCGGCGGCUUCAUCAACAUGUCGUACCUCGGCUGGCGCUGGACCGCGUACAUCCCCGCCAUCAUGGGCUACGCCGCCCUCAUUCUCAACUUCUUCUUCCUCAAGGAGUCGUAUCCGCCCGUCAUCCUCAUCUACAAGGCCGCCGAGCUGCGCCGCCGCACAAAGAACUGGGGCAUCCACGCCAAGCAGGAGGAAAUCGAAAUCGACCUGCAGGAGCUACUCGUCAACAACUUCUCGCGCCCGCUGCGCCUGCUCGUGCGCGAGCCCCUCAUCCUCGCCGUCACCGUCUACCUCAGCUUCAUCUACGGGCUCCUGUACUGCUUCCUGACGGCGUAUGGCCUCGUCUACCAGGGCGUCUACCACAUGAACGCCGGCAUCGGCGGGCUGCCGCUCUUCGGCAUGGUCGUCGGCCUGUUCAUCAGCGCCGCCUACAUCGUUGUGUUUGCGAGUAGAUCGUACAACAAGAAGCUGCAGGAGAAUGCCGGCGUGCCCGUCCCGGAAUGGCGUCUCCCGCCGGUGAUUGCUGGCGGGGCGCUCUUCGCGGCGGGCAUCUUCUGGUUCGGAUGGACGGGCUUCACGGCCGAGGUGCCCUGGAUUGUGUCGACGCUUAGCGGGCUCUUCACGGGCUUUGGGCUGUUGAUUGUGUUUAUUCAGCUGUUCAAUUAUCUGAUUGAUACGUAUCUCAUGUUUGCGGCGUCGGCCAUCGCAGCAAAUACGUUCUGUCGGUCCGUGCUGGCAGCUAGCUUCCCGCUGUUUUCGCGGCAGAUGUUCAAUAAUAUGGGCAUCCAGUGGGCUUCGACGCUGCUGGGGUGUGUUGCGACUGCUCUGGUGCCUAUCCCGGUUAUCUUCUACCUGUAUGGGAAGCGGCUUAGGAUGAAGAGUCAUUUUGCGCCGACCUUUGAGCUGGAUGAGGCGGCGCAUGCGCCAAAUGCGCCGACAGAGAUGACUGAAAACAAGGGGGGAGAGGAUACAAAUGGGCAGACGGAGGAGAGACGGCAGUCGUGA